AUGAGUUGGGGUUUCAGGGCUCCAGGCGCUCCGCAUCCAUCGUACGAGACAAGGCUAAUAAACAUCUUCCUACAUCAUGGGGUUGAUAGUGUUGAGAGGGAAUCUUUUGCCACUGUAGAGAAAGGGAAAAGUAAAGUCAAUUUUGUUUUUGGGAAAAGGAGGGCAAGAGCUUUUGGUAAAAGGAGGUGUAAAAUGUAA